AUGGCUUUAUCUAAAACCCAGCCCUUGUCUUUAGAGGACUGUCAGUGUCUCCUUUGUAUGGAAUUCCUCAUUGAGCCUGUAACUUUGCCUUGUACGCACACAAUGUGUAAGUCAUGCUUUAAGGCUCUUCUCCGGAAAACAUUUUUAUCGUGCCCCUUCUGCCGCACCUGGGUCUCGUCAUGGGCUCGGAAUCAUACUCAUAUAAAUAGUCUUAUCAAUAAGGAACUGUGGGAGAGAAUUCAAGCUCAGUAUCCAGAGGAAUGCAGACGUAGGGCCCCUGGGGAGGAACUGCCAUCAUUGCCUCUCAGUGAUGCUAUGCCAGUUCGAGUGCUAAGUAAUCCCGGGGAACUGAGGAAAGAAUAUGAAGAGGAGAUGAUGAGGUUGGAGGCUGAGCGCCAGGCCACCGAGGAAAAACAAACCAGAGCUAGUCAAGAAUACAUAAAGCAUUUAUUGGCACAGGAAGUGGAGGAGGAAAAAAUUUGGGCAGAAAAGCUCAGACUGGAAGAACAAAGGCUAAGGAAGGAGGAAGAGGCUAAAAAAUUAAGCAUGGAUGAACCAGCAACAUCCCCAAGAAAGAAAAAAAGCAAACAAAAACAUUGUGACAAUGUCCCAAAGUUUCACCUUCCUCAGUCUUGGCUUCAGUCAGCAUCACAGUUUGACACUGUGAAAGAUGGCAAGAAAACAUCUGUGAAAACUGACAGUGAUUGGAAGAGCCCUACAGGACAAGGAAAGAAAACUGAAGAAAAUAUGCUAGCAGCUACUGUGUCAAGAUCUCCUGAGAUUCCAAACCAAGCUACUGUAAAGCCAUAUUAUCCAUUGUUUUAUGGCUAUGAUGUGGAAGUGGGCACUUUGGAAAAUGAGGCAGCAAAACCAAGCUGCUCUAAUCACAACCUUUAUGUCCCACCUAAGAACAUUAAACCAAAACAAGCUACAGCUCACUCUUCUGCUGAAACAGAGAGUGGAAGUAGUGCAUCAGGCGUAACAGAGGAAAUUGGAAACAGCACAACUGAGGCAAAAGGUGAAAUGUCUCACCCUUCCAGCAGUAAACAUACUUCUAAAAGAAAGAAUCGGGAAUCUCCAACUAAAGCAGGAGGUGAGCCUGCCACUUGUGAAAUGCCCCCCAAAUCUUCCUCAGAUGAAGUGGAAACACAACUCUUAAUUACCAAAAGACUGAUAGAUUUGGAGAAUAUGUAUUUUGAGAAGCAUCAACAAGAAAAACAAGAUAGACUGUUUGCAUUGGAGCUUCAAAGAAUGCUGGAUGAAGAAGAAAGAGGAAUGCGGAGUGGAAAGUCUGCCUGCUCUCCAGACACUUCAGCAAAAGGAGAGAGUUCCAAAGAUAAGGCCAUAUGA